ACAAUUUCGAGAAAGCAUGUUAAGCUUUGCAUGCUGCUGGUUCGUAACGUUAAGUUCAGAGUUGGUUAAGGUUUGCACUGUUGACCCACAUUUUGUUCUCAAAACAUGUCAAUGUCGCACAAUGCAAGUGCUUUUUUACAAAGUGUUUUGAAAAAUGGAAUCGGACGUUACGUGUGUCAGUUGCAGAGGCUCACCCUUCAGUUCAGCAAGGCGGGAGGGAGUGCAAAAGGAGUUAGAGACUUCAUUGAGCAAGACGUCAUUGACUUCGCAGAAAAACAUCCACAGAUUGUUAUGUAUGUCACACCACACAGGAAAUACACUCAUCCCAAAGUGGUUGCAGAGUUCUUGAAUGGAACCAAACGCAGUAUAAACCUCGCUAACUUAUCAAGAGAUGAAGUUCUUGGGGAGGUUAAUCUAUUAAGGACGCAAUCAGGACUGGAUAUUGUACGUAUCCGCAAACAAUGGCAUACAGAUAGCCCUAGUAUACAAGGACAUUGGCAUCCAUUCUAUAAUAAACCAACCGAACUAAACGUGGACAACUUCCCGACUGCCAGCCCAACAUUUAGCAAACCAGAAAGACGACGAUUACCUAACAUGACUGAAGAACUCAUUCAGGAACUCAAGGAACUUAAGGAACUCAAGCAAACUGGAAAAUGAUAUUGCAGUUACCAACUGAUUUAAAAACAUUGUUCUUGUUUUGGAUGAAGUCUCUAUUGCAUUUCAAUGUACAAAAUAAUCUGCAAAACUCUGUUAACAGCAUCAAGGCACUAACAUAAAUAAACAGGAUAAUGUAACGUGGCUGGCAUGUAAUUGCUGGCAUGCAAAAAGCAAAUAACACUUACACAAGGGUCAUACAUGUAUCUUUCACAUUGUGGUUUAUGAAGCCUACCAAGUACUCUAACAAGUAUUGCAUACAUGUAUAACCAGGUAUGACCAGGUAUUACAUGUACAUGUACAUGUACGUAGUUUUAAACUUAGAGUUGUGCAUCACUGCAAGUGGGGGUGGCAAAAUAUACUCACUUAACAGCGAUAUACUGAUUACUAUUAGAUUAAAUGCCAGUUGAAAAAUCCCCCAAACCAGUCAAGAUUCUAUCCAAAUGGUCUGUCUGGCUAUUUCAAUGCAUUGAUUCAUCUUGUAGCAACAUUGUAGUUUACUUUAAAUGCACCGCUUCAUUGUCCAUACAUGAUUUGGCACAAGGUACAAUGUGGAAAUAUAGCCAUGAUGAGUUUAUACUGAUGUAACUUAGCCUUGCUUGAGGCUAGAUGUUACUCCUUAAAUCCAUCCUUGUCCCUGGCAGAAUAAACAUUUCACUGUAAUUCAGAAACAGUCGCUGCCACAAAUGCCACUGAAGAUAAUAUCUGGAUCAAUCAAUGAGUCUCUCUUCACUAUUAGUUUUACCCUUACACUGAUGUGUGUAAGCACUGUAUAUCACAGUACUUUCCUGAGCUCUGUGAAGAAAAAAAUCA